CCUGGACCCUGUCCAGGCCUGCUGAGCCAGCUUCCUCUUUGUGCUGCACACUAUAGACCCUGGUGUCUGCCAGGUUAUAAAAUGGGGGGUCGGCCCUGAGGCGCCCACAGCACCCGCCUGUCCUCCAACACAGCAUCAGGAACCAUGUCUCAGGCUGCUAAGGCCGUGGCCACCACGGCAGUGAACCCGGGGUCUGAUGGCAAGGGAAAGGGGGGCCCAACCACAGGGCCGGCCCCAGCCCCUGGCCCCACCCCGGUCCCAGCUUCCGUGCCCAGGCCCAGUGCCAAAGUAGGGGACCUGCCUCCUGGGAGCUACAGGCUGGUCGUCUUCGAGCAGGAAAACUUCCAAGGCCGUCGGGUUGAAUUCUCGGGGGAGUGCCUGAACCUGGGGGACCGUGGCUUUGACAGAGUACGCAGCCUGAUCGUCAUCUCAGGACCCUGGGUGGCCUUUGAGCAAUCUGCCUUCCGUGGGGAGAUGUUUGUCCUGGAGAAGGGCGAAUACCCACGCUGGGACACCUGGACCAGCAGUUACCGUAGCGACCGGCUCAUGUCCUUCCGGCCCGUCAGGAUGGAUUCCCAGGAGCAUAAGAUCUGCCUGUUUGAAGGGGCCAACUUCAAGGGCAACACCAUGGAGAUUCAAGAGGAUGACGUGCCCAGCCUCUGGGUGUAUGGCUUCUGUGACCGCGUGGGCAGUGUGACCGUCUCCGGUGGCACAUGGGUGGGCUACCAGUACCCGGGCUACCGUGGCUACCAGUAUCUGCUGGAACCAGGCGACUUCCGACACUGGAAUGAGUGGGGUGCCUUCCAGCCGCAGAUGCAGGCCGUCCGUCGCCUGCGGGACCGCCAGUGGCAUCAUGAGGGCUGCUUCCCGGUGCUGGCCGCGGAGCCCCCUAAGUGAUCCAAGCUGCACCCCUCCCACCUGCAGCCCUCCCUGCCUCAGUGUCCCCUCUCCCCCUGCUAAUAAAAGUUCCCACAGCCGAAA